UCAGGUCAUUGAAUCUCACAAUGACAAUAUAGUUCACAGUCAAAUGGUUGAAGAAUUCGACAUAUCGAAAAUCAUCGAAACAUGUAUAUAUAUUAUUGUUUAUUAAAAAUUAACAGCAUUUUAUUGAAUCACACUUAAUUGUUGAUUCAAAGGAUGAAUGCGUAUGACCCUUACUUAAUACUUUCUAGUGAUUAUGAUAUCUGCACUGUUAUACGACAGUGAUGUCUGGAACAGCAUGCACUUGUGACAACGCGUAAGUGUUUCUGACUGAAGAUGUUGAUAGGAAGGUUUGGCAGUGGAUGAACCAUUGGCAUCGCUCGUAUAAGCAUCAGUAUAAGGUGAUAUCACAAUCAGUUGUUAAGGCGAUAUUACCUUACUAUGCCGUUUAAAACUAAUCAUGCACGAACAAAUGCCAUGAACACCAUCCCGUUUUCAGGGUAUUUACUUUCUAGAUCAUCCAUCUGUGGGCCACUAUUCAAACUUUUGAAAAAUGGCUUGUGGACGAUGCUGUAGGUGGUUCAAGGGCACGAUCGAAGAUUUCCUCUUCGAAUAUGACACGCCCAUGAUGGUGACAAUCAAGAGUAAGAAAGUCGGGAUAUCAAAUUUUAUAUUUCAAGCAACAAUUGCGUUGUAUGUGAUAGGUUACUCAAUUAUCUACCGCCAGGGAUAUCAAAGCACCGGCAACCUGAUAAGUUCAGCAACAGCGAAAAUAAAAGGCGUGGCUUUUACCAACGCGACGGAUAUCCCCGAUAUCGGUGCCAGAAUAUGGGACAAUGUUGAUUAUGUUGUUCCACCACAGGAAAGUAAUUCAUUUUUCGUUACUACCAAUGCUAUUAUUACUGAUAAUCAGACUCAGGGAAAGUGCCCAGAGGCUCCAGAUGUUCGUGAUUCAUGGUGCAAGACGGACGACGACUGCGGGCCAGAAAGCCCGGUUUUGUAUGGUCAUGGCGUCCGUACCGGCAAAUGUGUGAUGUCAACUCUGAAGCCUAUCAGAAAAGUAUGUGAGAUAUAUGCCUGGUGUCCUGUGGAAAACGACGUGUUGCCACCAAGACUGUACAAAUUGCCGCUGAUAGAUGCCACCAACUUCACCGUCUUGAUAAAAAACAACAUAAUGUUCCCAAAAUACAAUGUUAAACGCCGAAAUAUCCUAACAAAAGAUAAAAAGUAUCUUCGGAGCUGCCAAUACGAUCCGAAGACAGAUAGAUACUGCCCCAUAUUUCGACUAGGGAAGAUAGUCGAAUUAGCGGGGUCAAAUAUUACAGUUAUGGGCAUAAAGGGUGGCACGAUCGGUAUACGGAUAUUCUGGGAGUGUGACCUCGACUACGGAGAAAAUGCCUGCAAACCUCAUUACCAGUUCAUGCGGUUGGACAACAAGCAUUCUCUUCUUGGUAAAGGAUGGAACUUUAGAUAUGGGGAUUACUACAGCGACGGGGGCGUGAAGAAGAGAACUCUCGUCAAAGCCUAUGGCAUCCGCUUUGUUAUUCUGGUUGAAGGACAAGGCGGAAAAUUUGAUAUCGUCGAACUUCUCCUGAAUCUGGGUAGCGGCAUCGGGCUUCUAGCUAUCGCAUCUGUUAUAUCCGAGUUUAUCGUCCUGCACAUUCUCAAAGAGAGAAAACAUUACCAACAAAAGAAAUUUUUGCCAGUGGAGGAGGAAGAGGCGUUGACGGUAUGUUUUAACUUUCGUAAACGUCACGAUGCGAUGGCUAGCUUGAAGGAUGACGACGAAAUAACCCACUACGAUGCACUCAAAGAUUAAUGUGAUUUCGACUCAAGGAACUGUACACAUGACAAUGUGUGGAAUGCCAGUAGCAUGAUUGUAUACAAGUGGUAUUCAUUCAUGCUUAUUUGAACAAUUUUGAAUAUGCCGCAUGUCUUGUCGUCCUUUUAGGACAAAAUCCAAUGUUACCUCCAAAAUUUCAAACGACUUGUCACAGACAGACAUAGCUUUGACAUGGACGAGGGUUUAUAGUGAGAAUAUUGGACUAUAGGCUAUUAGGGAAGGUAUUCAGUCAGGAUGUUAAGAUAGCAUAAAAAAUCGAAAAGGAUGUAACCGAAUAGAGCAUACAUGGAUGUUAUGUAGAAGGACGUAAAAAUCGUUCACGUUAGCUGAUCUCAGAAACUUCUCCUCAUUCGGAGAGAUUGUGACGCUGGUGUAUAUCUGCUGUCAGAAGUUUUCCUAAAUCACCGAGGACAUUUUUCUAUGGAUCAAGCCUAGAUCGAUCGGCAGCUUAAUUCCACACUGAAAGCCAUUGUAACCCAAUUCGGAACCGGUGAAAUAGUCUUAAUUGUCCUAUCUCCUAAUGUUCAUUAUUCAAAGUCAUCAUUCGGGUCAAUUAUCGGUCGGUUUUUUAGAGUAUAUACAACGCAAUUGUAUGAUAUGUUCCCAAUAAAAC